AUGGCCUUGAUCGCGUCCUUGACCAACAAAAUGCUGCUGCUGCUGCUCGUCGCUGCUCUCAUGGCCGCGGUGGUGGUCGACUCCUCCAGGAUGAUCCAGCGUCUCGACGAUGUGGUUUUGCUCUCGCCACCAACGGGGCCUAAUCCGGGCGGGAACUCGAAGGAUCUGGACGAGGUGGCAAUGGAAUUCAUCUCUCCGCCAACCGGUCCCAGCCCUGGUGGUAACGGUGGAUCGCAGUUUGAGGUCUCGAAGCCCCGGACGCCAUCUCCUCCGGCCGGUCCGAGCCCAGUCCACAAUGGAGAGGGCCAGUUCGUCGUCUCCAAGCCCCGCACAACGCCAUCUCCUCCGGCCGGUCCGAGCCCAGUCCACAAUGGAGAGGGCCCGUUCGUCGUCUCCAAGCCCCGCACAACGCCAUCUCCUCCGGCCGGUCCCAGCCCAGUCCACAAUGGAGAAGGCCCGUUCGUCGUCUCCAAGCCCCGCACAACGCCAUCUCCUCCGGCCGGUCCGAGCCCAGUUCACAAUGGAGAAGGCCCGUUCGUCGUCUCCAAGCCCCGCACAACGCCAUCUCCUCCGGCCGGUCCGAGCCCAGUUCACAAUGGAGAAGGCCAGUUCGUCGUCUCCAAGCCCAAGGUUACGCCAUCGCCUCCGUCCGGUCCCAGCCCCGUCCACGACGAGAUCGAUCUUCACUUGGUUCCAGCGGGUCCGAAUCCACUCCACAACUUUGGAACCGUGUUCCAUAGCGUUCCGGAGGGGCCAGAUCCAGUUGGAAACUAG